GUUACUUAUUAAUAGGGUCAGUCGAUUGUUGCAAUAGGCAUGACUUACGAGUGUACAUUUAUGUUUUUGUUUUUAAUUGAUAGCCAGCAGUAAAACAGAACGCGUGGCAUUAGAUGACAGAUUUGUUCCAGAUAGUUGCAUUUCUUCCCCUUUUCAUGAUUUUCUGCGUUUAUAAAGUUUUUGCACGCAGAUGCUUCAUAGUGGACUUGUCUAAUGUGAGGCGAAAUUGUUAAAGACUGUUUUUACCGGAAAAUAUGACUAAACAAAUGGAAACAACUAACACUUCGUCUGUGGUGGAACCAACAACUAGUAUGUGCCGAUGCCCGCAGCAAAAAAAUGGCCAGACUAAUAUUUUGGUUAUGAUUUUGGGUACUGGCGUAUUCUUACUUUCAUUCUGGUGCUUUUGUUUAAAUAACGAUGUGCAGCAAUUAAAAUUAGCUGUAAAGGAACUGACAGGAAAUGCAGAAAGGAAACAAAUGGCCGAAGAUAAACCAGAAUUCAAGCUCUUCAGAAACGACCCAAGUACUGCGGAAAGCGAAUUCGAACACAGGGCGCUCGUCAGAUCUCUUGUUAAAAGAAAUGCGGAGGAUUCAACAGCGGACGAUCCCGCAGAACCACGGGAAUCAAAAAGUCGUAAGAUUUCAAAGCGGGGAAGUAACAUGAAAAAAAUGAUUACGGGAGACAGAGCCGCAAGGUCAAAACGGCAUAUUCUCACAUACCAUGAAAAUCGUCUGAGACGAAACCGGGCGGUGGCGAUACAUGUGAAGGCGCAAGGCGCAGAGAGAGGAAUUGGCGGAACUUUCCUGCCAGGUACGGUUGAAGGAAGAACAUUGACUGACUGGGCGCCUCCGGAUUCUCAUUUUAAAGGGUUUGGAACUCGCCAUUUGAAUAACGAUGGUUAUUUUACUGUCCCUGUUGCAGGAGUGUACUUUGUGUACAGCCAGGUUGUGUUCAACGUAACAAACCUACCGUUUAUGGUGUCUGAGAUCGGAGUGAACGUGGACGGACAAUCAACUUUUUCCCGAUGCCAGUUCUCUAACACACUUACCCGCUCCACACCACGGGCCAGUUCAACUCGAAAAAGAUUCGUCACCUGCCACUCAAACGGAAUUGUUUACAUGAAGGCAAAUCAUGGAGUUUCCUUAUCGGUCAAUCCACCGUCGGUUGAAGUUUUUCUAGCACCACAGUACACGUACUUCGGCGCCUUUCUGAUAGGCUUGUGAUACUGACAUUAAAACUGUUUAUAACUUUUGUAAAAAUGCAUGCAGAGAAAAUUGGCUUGUACUGUCCAGGGUUGCUUUACUUCUAACUGUGAGCAUGCAGCAUUGCCAAUAGUACCAACCUAUGGAGUUAAGCCUACAUUAAUACCACCACUUGUUCUACAGUACAGCAUCUGCUUUUCCUUUUUGCUAAGUGUGUAGCCUACAUGUUAGAACAAAAUACAUUGUGUUUGAAACACCUGUACAUACACGCGCUUUUUGUUCCUUCUUCUUCCGUUUGUUUUAUCGCGUUUACGUUUAUGCACUUUUGCCCACAUUCGACUGUACAUUUGAACAUAG